GAUCGAUAACACCAAUCGUGCUUCCAGUCAUUAGCUUUUGUCGUCCCGGCCUGGUAAUUUGUAGACCAAAAUGAAGUUACUUCUGGCGCUAUCCCUCAGCAUCCUGCUGAUUCUGCCGGCCGAGUCCUUUGAGCCCUUAACCAUGACCGCCAUAGGCGUCGGCCUCGCCGGCUCUGCUGCGUACCUCAGGUGCAAGUUUACCGAGUGCUGCGAUGACCGCAACAUACCCGGCAACAUACAUGCACUCCAAAACUCGUUACAACAAACGCUCUUUGGGCAACACAUUGUGAUGCAGCACAUUGUGCCCGCCCUGAAGGCUCACUUCAGCUCACACAGUACGUCGCGAAAGCCACUGGUGAUCAGCUUUCACGGGCAGCCGGGAACGGGCAAGAACUUUGUGGCGGAUCAGAUUGCCGAGGCGCUGUACCUUAAGGGCUCCAAGUCCGGCUACGUAUCCAAGUAUCUGGGCCAAGCCGACUUUCCGAACGAGAAUGACGUAGCAAUUUACAAGGCGCGAAUCAACCGGGAGGUACGAAGGCAGUUAAGCGACUGCCCGCGGUCGCUGUUUAUCUUCGACGAGGUGGACAAGAUGCCCAGCGGCGUCUUUGACACGCUCGCCUCGCUGGUCGACUAUAACGCCUUCGCCGAUGGCACGGACAACACGAAGGCGAUCUUUAUCUUUCUAUCGAACACGGCCGGCAAGCACAUAGCCGACCAUCUGGGCGAACUGAUGAACGCCGGAAAGAUGCGCGAGGACACCCGGCUGAGCGACUUUGAAGGACUUUUGCAGAAGGCCGCCUACAACUUGGACGGUGGCCUGAAGAAGACCGCCCUGAUAGAGGCGCACGUGAUCGACCACUUUAUACCCUUUCUGCCGAUGGAGCAGAGUCAUGUGGUCAAGUGCCUGGAGGCGGAGUUCUGGCGUUGGGAUAGAAGGCCCAAUCAGAAAGUAAUCGAAGACAUUCUCAAAACCUCGAUCGUAUAUGAUCGCACACACCUUAAGUUCGCCAUCUCCGGGUGCAAGACCCUGGAGAAGAAGGUGGCCAUGGCCAUUGCACCAAACACUUAUUAGUCCCGGUUCAACAUUCGUUUGUUUUCUGCGUAUUUUGCAAAACAAUUUUUAAGGAAUAAAGUUAACAGGUUAUUAUUA